GUUCAUGCAAACUCAAAGCCGAGGGUCAUCCAAUCCAAGCCUGGAAAUCCCUCGUAAAAUUUUUCAUAAUUUAAUUGAAUUGUUAAAAUUUAAACUCGCCCUAAGUAGAAAUAUUUAUUCGUAAAUUAAAAUUUUCACUUUGAAGUGAACCCAAUUUCAGAGAGAGUUUCGUUACAUAUGAAAAACUGUGGUCAAUUAAGGAGGGAGAUCCUUCAUGAUAGCGGAAAACCUUGGCUUACUGUUGCACCAGUGCUCCAAAUCCAAGGCUUUUCGGUUUGGACUUUCUCUUCACGCCGCUGUUGUCAAAACAGGCAUGAUUUCCGAUGUUCUUGUCUCCAAUCAUACCUUGAAUAUGUAUGCCAAGUGUGGUAACAUCAAUUGUGCCCGCCAGUUGUUCGACGAAAUGUCUGACAGAAAUCUUGUUUCCUGGUCAGCUAUGAUCUCUGGUUUUAACCAGGCUGGGAAGCCUCUAAUGGCACUUUACUUUUUUUCUCAAAUGAGACUCCAACCCAACGAGUUCAUCUUUGCUAGUUCUAUCAGUGCCUGUGCCAGUUUGUUGGCCCUUAGACUGGGCCAACAAAUUCACUCCCAGUCACUGAAAUUAGGUUAUUCGUUCAUUUCUUUCGUUGCGAAUUCGCUUAUCUCAAUGUACAUGAGAUGUGGUCUAUGUAAUGAUGCGUUAUCAGUUUUUGAUACCACAUCUGCACCGGAUUCUGUAUCUUAUAAUGCAUUGAUAACUGGGCUGGUAGAAAAUAAGCAGCCAGAAAGAGGGUUUCAAGUGUUCAUGCUUAUGUGCCAACGAGGACUAAUUCCAGACCGUUUCACCUUUGCGGGUGUGUUGGGAAUGUGCAGCACAGCUGAGGAUUCACAAAGGGGAAUGGAACUGCAUUGCCAGACAAUCAAGCACAAACUUGAUUCCUCCCCGUUUGUUGGCAAUGUGAUAAUGACAAUGUAUUCAAAGUUCAAUGUGAUAGUAGAUAUAGAGAAGGCCUUCAGAUUGAUUGCAGACAAGGAUGUCAUUUCAUGGAACACCUUCAUUGCUGCUUGUUCUCAAUGUGAUGAUCAUGCAAAGGGUUUGACUGCUUUCAGAGAGAUGGUAACUGAAAAUAGAGUAAGGCCUGAUGAUUUCACAUAUGCAAGUGCGCUUGCUGCAUGUGCUGGCCUUGCUUCCAUACACCAUGGCAGGCAGGUUCAUGCUCUUCUUAUCCGAACAAAGUUGGCUGAGGAUGUGAUUGUUGAGAAUGCACUUGUAAACAUGUAUGCUAAAUGUGGGUGUAUUGGAUAUGGAUACACUAUUUUCAACCUAAUGGGAUGUCGUAAUCUCGUUUCAUGGAACAGCAUCAUAGCUGGAUUUGCAAAUCAUGGGCUUGGGAAAAAAGUGAUUGAAUUAUUUGAGGAGAUGAAGGAAAUGGGAGUGAAGCCAGAUUCUGUUACUUUUAUUGGACUUCUAACAGCUUGCAACCAUGCAGGGCUUGUGGAUUUGGGCCAAGCCUACUUCAAAUCCAUGGAUAGUAUCUACGGGAUUGCCCCUGAUAUUGAGCAUUUGUCUUGCCUUGUUGAUCUUCUAGGACGAGCAGGGAGACUAGAUGAGGCUGAAGGGUACAUGGAGAGAUUUCCUUUUGGGCAUGAUCCAGUGGUUUUAGGUUGCUUGCUUUCUGCAUGUCGACUGCAUGGAGAUGUUGUAAUUGGUGAACGUUUGGCUAGGCGGCUCCUACAACUUCAACCAGUUACAACUUCGCCUUUUGUGUUAUUGUCGAACUUAUAUGCUUCAGAUGGGAUAUGGUAUGGUGUUGCAGAGGCAAGGAAGAUGUUGAAGGGAAGUGGAUUGAAGAAGGAGCCUGGCCAUAGUCUGAUUGAAGUGAAGGGAAUUUUUGAAAAGUUUACGAUAGGUGAUUUUUCUCAUCCAAAGAUUGAAGAGAUAGUGGACACACUCAAAACGUUUAGUUGGGCAGGGGAUGAAGUAUUAUUGACUUAGUCUUUUGCGGUAAAUGUGUUAUGUAGUUACCAUAAAGAGUUUAAUAUGUGGAUGGUUAUAUUUUCCAGUACAUAGCAGAGCUUUCAUAGCCUGAUUUCCUAGCUUCUGCUGAAAUUCCUUGCUCAUCAACUUGUUCUAUGACAUGUGGACAUGGACAGAGUCGGCGCACUCUGACGUGGACGAGGGAUUUUAAACUCGAAAAAUUCCAAGGAUGCAGAUCCGAAGAUGUGAUUCUGUUCACUCUGCUGUCCUUUGGAUGUUGUGUACAGAAAGUUGAAACUACUGGCUGAAUGUUUAGACCUCAACAUCACUCAGGUUAGGUUAUUGAAUUGCUGAUUGGGUGUAAUUGAUGGUCGGUUUUCUGAGGUAGCAUGCUGUUGAUUAUAUGCGCAUUUAUAGAGACUUCAACCAUUAUUCCAUGAUCCAUCCAUCGUCGAGAACACCUUCUGAAAGAGUACAUUAAGUUAAUAAAACUGGAGGUCAGAUUCAAGCUGCUUGAAGGUUUAGUUAGAAAUUUUGUUCUCAUCCUAAAGACAUCACAAAAAUCAAAUACAGCAACAGGAUGCUAAGAAGGGAUUGAUAGAUACGUAAUGCCCUUAUCCGAAAGAUUACAAAUGCAUUGGCAGAUGUUUAUUUUGCGAAUGGUUAUUGGUCAGACCAGCAACAUUUUCAGGCAUACAAAGUGUAUCUUUCAGUUUCCUAUAUCAGGUAAGGAGGCCAGAUGGACCAGUUCAGUAUGCUUAUGGGAAUUCACUUUGACUGAUCGACCCAUUCAAGAGUGUCUUUGAAGGCUAUGGCUGUCUGUGGAAUGGCAUUCAACUUCCACAGCUGGAUUAUCCCAUGACAAAAGGCAGGACUUUGAUCAAUUCAAGUGGAUGUAAGCAAAGGGGAAAAAAAUUUACUGAAGUGGUAGCCUGAAACUAUUUGUAUUAAGCUAAAUGUGGACUAUCUUGAUCCAUAUACAUACUCAUGAACGAUUUGGAUCGGAACUGGGCUGUUCACAAUUUUGGUUGAUCUGUUUCUGUUGCUUUUAGCCCAGGUGUGGACUAGUCUCCUGGGCUAUCCUUUUCGCGCUUAGGCCUAUGCAUUGAG